CUUCCUGAAGACAUGGAGAACGCGCGCCCCAGUAUCGCGUACCCCGAGUGGUCUAAAGAUCACUCACGGCUCUUCAUCCGAUUGUAUGAGAAGCAUCCGUGCUUGUGGAAGCUAAAGAGCGAUGCUUAUAAGGACAGAGGUGCUAAGAGUCAAGCUUAUAAGGAUAUUAUUGAGAACAUGAAGCAUGUCGUGCCUGGAAUCAGCGUACCUAUUAUCAAGCGCAAGAUCAACACGCUGCGUGGACAGUUCAGACGGGAAGUUAGGCUCAUGCUUGCCUCCAGAGAGACCGCCAUGUUACCCGAGCAGAUGUACCAACCUAAGUUGUGGUGCUAUAAUCACCUGCUUUUUCUUGGUGAGGAUGAUGAUGAGUACAGAGAUCCUGCCAACCUUCUUCGCAUCAACUGCUACGAUGAAGAUGUUGAUCUCAAUUUCGAUACAAAGGACGGCAUUACAGAUCAGCUGGGACCGUCUUGGGCAGGUCUCGCGUCUUCUUAUCAUUCAAUCAACCAUCUCGACCUCCCUGCUGCCGUCAACUCAACGACCUCUUCGCCUAACCCAUCGGCUUCGACCUCAUCACCUUUGCAGCCGGCGAUGGAUUCAGGAACGGAUCCGGCCAUGGUAGAAAAUUCCAGGGAAAGUGCUUCCAAGAAGUUGCAUCGACGUGAAAAUUCUUCAGACAUUUCCAGGGAUUGCAAAUAUGAGGAAAAUCUUUUAAAUUUUAUUCCGAAUAAGUAUCCUGCGGAAGAUUCAUCCGAAAAUUUCCCUCGAAAUUAUCAUCGGGAAGAAAGUUCAUCCGAUAACAUUUUCAAGAAGCAAAGGGCGGAAAAUGCUUCAGACACUGUAAAGAUGGCCUUAUCAGCCUUAUCUGCGGUUAGCGGGUGCGGUCGCCCCAUAGACGAGUGUGAUGACUUCGGUAAGGUCGUUGGAAAUAAACUGAGGAGGAUGACUGAAGAACAAAGAGAAGUGACCGAGAAGAUUAUCAUGGAGGCUCUGUUCCUUGGUAGCCGAGGACUUUUGACUGCAGGGGCUCACGUUAUUCUCGACGAGGGAAAUGGUAACAAUGGAGAAACGUAUAGGCCGGCGUCGAGUGUAAACAACUUAUAUAAAUACUAAAUUUUCUUCAAUGUAAUUUUUUAAAGGACUGUAUAAUAUGGCUGAGCUUAUUCAUUGAUGAUCAUUGAUUCAAUAUGUAAACUCUUGUCAAAAUAGGAAAAAAAAUAAAAAUGAAAACUAUUUCUGAACUUUUAUCGGUUUCACAAAAUCGGAGUUUGUUAAUUUAUGAACUUUGAAUGCUCGGAAAUAUGACCGAAUGAUUCAAAAUAGGUCAGCAAUAAGCUAGAAAUUAUUUUUACUUUUAGCUAAAAUAGUAUUUUCAUUACGUGGUAUCAAGUUUCAUUGUCUUUACUAUAUCUUUAAUUAAUUUUUUUAAUUUGUUACAGAGUAAAUUAUAAUCAGUAUUUGUACACCAUUCCUGUGAAGGAAUGUACAAAUAUUUAUUCGUGCCAAACGUAUUAUUUUGAUGGACUAUGAGCUACUACC